GGCAGCGAUGUCGAGGGGGAGUCAGUCCCAGCAGGCCUCCCCCAGCUCCUCCUCGACAAACGACUCGUCCACCGAGACCAGCGGGCGGAUGUGCUGCAGCAAUACACACACACACACACACACGCAGACACACAGACAGUCAAUACACCACACACGAGUGAUGAUUGCCACUUGUGUGUGUGGUGUGUGCAGUGAUCGCUCACGUGCCUCGUCAUUACGGUCGGAUAUGUUGGCCAGCACCGGGCCGUGCAUGGCGGCCAGCGUGAUAUCAUAGAUCAGCUGCGUGGCGUAGCUAGGCAUGGGCUUGCCCUCGGCCAGCCGCCUGCUACUCACCACCUCAACCACCUGACAGACAAAUGGAGAGACACACAAGAGGUGGGCAAAUGUCGUGUGCAGGGUGAGUGGCAUGUUGUGUGAGUGAUGUUCACCUCCUGUAUGUUAUUGUGCGUUUCGAGCAGCGUGAAGGCCUCGGGGAGACUGCUGACCACCCGCGGGAAGUGGCUGCCUCCGUUGAGUAGGAAGCCAGCCACCAU